AUGGGGCAGGCAAAGAUUUGUGUCAAGUGUCCAACCGAGACAGAGCUGUACGACAUUCAGGCCAAGGCACAGUCGGCCGGUCUGGUUAAUUAUCUAGUGAUGGAUGCCGGUCAUACCCAGAUUGCCGCGGGGUCCCGUACCGUGCUGGCGCUAGGGCCGGCUCCGGUGUGGGCGUUCGAGGGCAUAUCGUCGCACCUCAAGCUCAUGUAGACCGACGUUUCUUUGUAGGUGUGCUGCUAUAGAAGCUUGCGUUCCAAUGAAGUGGCUAAAGAAGCGGGCCGAUUUCCACUCGAUAGCUUUUGGCGGAGAAGUCCAUGACUUCUUUCUUGUCUUUGUUCGAGGGCAGUGGCGUGUCUCAUGCGGAGAAGGCAAAGGUACUUGGAUUUGUUUUCGAGCGCGUUUUUGGCAAUACUUUCGUCAGGGGGAAAGGAACUCGGGGGCAAAGUCCUUACAAGAACGUUUUUUCGG